CCCGCGGUGGGAGGAGGCCUGCGUGCCGCGUCUGCGGGAAGGAGCCGGGAGCGAGCCGGUGCCGGGCCGGGGAGCCGAGAGGCCCGCGGAACCGCGCGGGGGACGCCCGGGCGCAGCUGAGCUGGGGGCCGCGGCCGCCCGGCCGACGGGCCCAGCCCGGCCUGGCGCCGAGGGGGACGUGCGCUGUGGAGACGUGGAGGAGCGAGGCGCCGCGGCCUGAGAAAUAUCUAUGCAAGAUGUUGACAUUGCAAACUUGGAUAGUGCAAGCCUUGUUAGUUUUCCUCACCACUGACUCUAUAGGUGGACUUCUAGAUCCAUGUGGUUAUAUCAACCCUGAAUCUCCAGUUGUGCAACUUGGUUCUAAUUUCACUGCAGUUUGUGUGCUAAAGGAAAAAUGUAUGGAUUAUUUCCAUGUAAAUGCUAAUUACAUUUUCUGGAAAACAAACCAUGUUACUGUUCCCAAAGAACAAUAUACUGUCAUAAACAGAACAGCAUCUAGUGUCACAUUUACAAAUAUACCUUUAUUAAAUAGUCAACUCACUUGCAACAUUCGUACAUUUGGACAGAUUGAUCAGAAUGUUUAUGGAAUCAGAAUAAUUUCAGGCUUGCCUCCAGAAAAACCUAAAAAUUUGAAUUGCAUUGUGAACGAAGGAAAGAAAAUGAUGUGUCAGUGGGCUCCUGGAAGGGAAACAUACCUGGAAACCAACUUCACUUUAAAAUCUGAAUGGGCAACAGAGAAGUUUGAUGAUUGUGAAGCAAAACGUGAUACCCCCACCUCAUGCACUGUGGAUUAUUCUCCUGUGUAUUUUGUCAACAUUGAAGUCUGGGUAGAAGCAGAGAAUGCCCUUGGGAAGGUUACAUCAGAUCAUAUCAAUUUUGAUCCUAUAGAUAAAGUGAAGCCCAAUGCACCACAUAAUUUGUCAGUCAACAACUCAGAGGAACUAUCUAGUAUCUUAAAAUUGACAUGGAUCAACUCAAAUAUUAAGAAUUUUAUAACACUGAAAUAUAACAUUCAAUAUAGGACCAAAGAUGCCUCAACUUGGAGCCAGAUUCCUCCUGAAGAUACAGCAUCCACUCGAUCUUCAUUCACUGUCCAGGACCUUAAACCUUUUACAGAAUAUGUGUUUAGGAUUCGUUGUAUGAAGGCAGAUGGUAAAGGAUUCUGGAGUGACUGGAGUGAAGAAGCAAGUGGGAUCACAUAUGAAGAUAGACCAUCCAAGGCACCAAGUUUCUGGUAUAAGAUCGAGCCAUCCCGUACUCAUGGCCAUAGAUCUGUGCAACUCAUAUGGAAGACAUUGCCUCCUUUUGAAGCCAAUGGAAAAAUCUUGGAUUAUGAAGUGACUGUCACAAGAUGGAAAUCACGUUUACAAAAUUACACAGUUAAUGGCACAGAACUGACAGUAAACCUCACAAAUGAUCGCUAUAUAGCAACUCUAACAGCAAGAAAUCUGGUUGGCAAAUCAGAUGCAUCUGUUCUAACUAUCCCUGCCUGUGACUUUCAAGCUACUCACCCUGUAAUGGAUCUUAAAGCCUUUCCCAAAGAUAAUGUGCUUUGGGUAGAAUGGACUGCUACAAAUGGAUCUGUAAACAAAUAUAUACUGGAGUGGUGUGUGUUAUCGGAUACAUUGCCCUGUAUCCCAGACUGGCAACAAGAAGACGGUACCGUACAUCGCACCUAUUUAAGAGGGAACCUAGCAGAGAGCAAAUGUUAUUUGAUAACAGUUACUCCAGUAUAUGCUGACGGACCAGGAAGCCCUGAGUCUAUAAAGGCAUACCUUAAACAAGCUCCACCUUCCAAAGGACCUACUGUUCGGACAAAAAAAGUGGGGAAAAAUGAAGCUGUCUUAGAGUGGGACCAACUUCCUGUGGAUGUUCAGAAUGGAUUUAUCAGAAAUUAUACUAUAUUUUAUAGAACUAUCAUUGGAAAUGAAACUGCUGUGAAUGUGGAUUCUUCCCACACAGAAUAUACACUGUCCUCUUUGACUAGUGACACUUUAUACAUGGUACGAAUGGCAGCGUACACAGACGAAGGUGGAAAGGAUGGGCCAGAAUUCACUUUUACCACACCGAAGUUUGCUCAAGGAGAAAUUGAAGCCAUAGUUGUACCUGUUUGCUUAGCAUUCCUAUUGACAACCCUUUUGGGAGUAUUGUUCUGCUUUAAUAAGCGAGACCUAAUUAAAAAACACAUCUGGCCUAAUGUUCCAGAUCCUUCAAAGAGUCAUAUUGCCCAGUGGUCACCUCACACACCUCCAAGACAUAAUUUUAAUUCAAAAGAUCAGAUGUAUUCAGAUGGCAAUUUCACUGAUGUAAGUGUUGUGGAAAUAGAAGCAAAUGACAAAAAGACCUUUCCAGAAGAUAUGAAAUCAUUGGAUCUAUUCAAGAGGGAAAAAAUCAGUACUGAAGGACACAGCAGUGGUAUUGGAGGGUCUUCGUGCAUGUCGUCUUCUAGGCCAAGCAUUUCUAGCAGUGAUGAAAAUGAAUCUGCACAAAACACUUCGAGCACUGUCCAGUAUUCCACUGUGGUGCAUAGUGGCUACAGACACCAGGUUCCUUCAGUCCAGGUCUUCUCAAGAUCCGAGUCCACCCAGCCUUUGUUAGAUUCCGAAGAAAGACCAGAAGAUCUACAGCUAGUAGAUAACGUAGAGGGCAGUGACGGCGUUUUGCCUAGGCAACAGUAUUUCAAACAAAACUGCGGUCAACGUGAAACCAGUCCAGUUAUUUCACAUUUUGAAAGGUCAAAGCAAGGUUCAUCAAUCAAUCAAGAAGAUUUUGUUAGACUUAAACAGCAGCAGAUUUCAGAUCAUAUUUCACAGUCCAGUGGAUCUGGGCAAAUGAAAAUGUUUCAGGAAGUUUCUACAGCAGCUUCUUUUGGUCCAGGUACUGAGGAGCAAGUAGAGAGAUUUGAAACAGUUGGGAUGGAGGCUGCGAUUGAUGAAGGAAUGCCUAAAAGUUACUUACCACAGACUGUAAGACAAGGUGGCUAUAUGCCUCAGUGAAAGACUUGUUCUCUUACACAGCAGUACCUGUAAAGUAAAGCUAAAAAUAUUUUAUCUGGAAUUUCAGAUAAAAAUAAUCUUCGCUCACUGAAGAUGUUCAUUUGCCCUUAAGGACAAAAAUGUACUGUCCUCCCACAUGGGCUAUUUCCUUUCCAGAAUAUCUGGGAUUCCACUUUAAGCACUACAUAAACUGACUUCAUCCUCUGAAUAGCUGAAUGACUUUGUGCUGUUUCAGGAUGUUUGCACUGAAGAAAAAUAGAAAGCUUGUCUGAAAUUUAUAAAGUAAAACUUUUUGCUUUGCUACCUAGAAAGCAGAGAGUAUUUAAAUAGUAAGCAGUGAGCACAGCUAUACUGAUUUUAGUGAUCAAAAUAGUCAUCAAAGUGGCUUCAGGAGAGUUAAUGUAAAAAAUUAGGGGAGCAAAGUCUAGACCCUCUACUUCAGCUGCCAACAUAAUUUAAAAAGAGGUUCAGAUGGCAUUACUAUAUAAGCCCAGCUUUUGUUGUCUGACCAAAAAAACACAAAAAAUUGGGCUCGUUUAAAAUCAUACCAACAUAUAAAAUAUUAGUUCUCUUCCAUUGGUAAUGAUGCUGCCAGUUACUGGAGAAAAGGACUUCUGGAGUUUAACUUGGCAAAUUAAAAGUAUUAAUUUUUGAAUAUUAUAUAAUCUUAACAAAAUUUUAACAAUAAUCAACAAAUUUUCAAAAAUUUUCUAUCAUUAUUGACAAUUAUUGACAACCUCUUUGAAGAUCCAUUUCACAAACUCAUUUGAGUGCCCAGAUAAGAGCUAGGAAUGAAUACCACAAGCUAUCUUAAGCAUUUAAAAUUCUUUGCCAUUUAUAAGAGCUUAAAUUGUUAACGUUUUUGUUAACGUUUUUCUAUAUGUGUAUAUAAACAUAUUGACCCUUCUUGUUAAGACUUCCGAGAAUUUGGUUGAUGAAGCACUUUAUACAAUAUGUCUUGGGCUUAAAAUUGUGUUUUAAUUUAAUAUGCUUUGUUUUUAUUUCUGAAUAGGCCAAGAUCAAAAAUGUUCUUUUUUCUACUAGGUGUUUGAAGCAAACUAAGAGGACUUGGGCAGUACUCAGAAAAACAAAACCCAACUCAAAAAAUGUACAUAUUGAUCUUAGUAAAUAUCACAGCAAAUAUCCUUAUUGUAGAGGCACUUAAUGAAUAGUGUUUUAAUACCUGCCAGUUCUGAGGUAGAUAGAACUUAGUUUUACAUUGUGAUUUAGUUAUAUUUUAAACCUCUUUCCACAUGUUCUGUUCUUCAGUGCAGAAGUGAGCCAGGCCUCCAGAGUUUAGUGCUAAACCCACUUUUGCGUUUAUGCCAUUUCCAUUUGACAAGGAGGCAGGGGGCUAAAGAUAGGAGCUGAGUAAGUGAGAAGUUGUCAUAAAUCAUUAGUGGUUGACUACUGCUAUCAAGUAAGUUUGGAGAAAAUAGGUUUUGUUUUUCUGUGAUAUUUAAGUUACAGAAACCAGGCCAACGUUUGUAGAGGUUAUUGAAGAAUAAAAGGCUAAGAAAAAUUGGUAUACAUUUACAGUUGAAAUAUGAUUCUACUCAUUACUCUCAAAAUAUUGUUCACAUGAGACUUCCUAUUAUACUUUCUCCUUUGUAUUCUUGCCUAAUACUUUUCAUGAGUUCUUUCACAUAUAUGAUCUUUGUGAGACAGAGCAGAUGCUUUAUUCUGAUACAUCCAGUUCUACUUUAGGCAAAACCAACAUGAGAUUUGUAGAAUGACAGAAUUAGAAGUAGAUGAGGAAAAUUAGGCACAGAGAGGUCAAGUAGGGACAGAGAGACCCCAGACUCACACUACAGGAUAAUGGCAUCACCACCGUUUAAGUUGGUCGUCAAAAGCUGGUCCAAAUCAGGACUAGAUAUGUGUCAUGAAAUUUAUAUUGAUUACAUUUUUUUAUUUCCUCAAAAUAAGUAGUCAUGUUAUUGUAAUCAUGUUUAGCUCUCACCUUCCUCUUACAAAUAGCAGUGUUGUGAAGAAUAUUCUAGUGUGAAGUUUGUACAUGGUUGGGGGGGCACUUUUAAAAUGUGAACUCAUGAUCUAAGGGAAUGAGAAUGAAGAGUCAUUUAAGAAAGGACAUCGUAUAACAAAUUUGUCUGUUGAAACUUGUGUAGAACAUGGUGCAGUGAGUGAAUGCCUACCAGCCACAAGAGCACUUGGGACAUUAAAUUGUUACUGUGCAAAAAUCCAUUCAAGAAAUAAAUAUGUAUUUGGUCACUAAUAUGUAAUAUACAUCUUUGCCCAGAAAGAGAAAAGCAACAUGAAACUUACUUUCCUAAGGCAUGUCUUAGAAUAAUCUAUGUUUUGAUGCAUGUAAAUUAUAUUUUAGGUAGGCAGAGAAACAAAUCUGGUUUAUGUGAAAAUUAGUCUAUAUAUGUUAGUGGAUUUAUUACUCAUUAAAUCUUUAGAUCCAAAAAUUUAAAGUAAUGCACAUCAGAAAACCGUCUCUUGGUGGACAAAACUAAUUCACUCCUUCUGAUGCAGUUGUCCUCUUGUAGGAUUAAAAA